AGGAAGGGGACAGAUUUUCUGCUCACUGGCAGAGAAAACAUAUCAGAGGGCUGACCUGGAAUACUGAAGUGCUAGGUUGAAAGAUGGAAAAGGUUCACAAAGUACUAGAUUUUUUCCUUAGCCACCAGAAGGCCUUGGGUUAUGGGGCAAUAUCUCUGCUGACCAUUGGCAGUGAGCGCAUCUUCUCUGUUGCAGUGUUCAAAUGCCCAUGUAACUCCUGGAACAUGCUUUAUGGUGCCGUCUUCCUGCUGGUACCAGCCUUUAUUCUAUUUCUGCUUGGCAUGCUGCUCAAAACCCGGUCUUGGAAGGUACUCACUGGAUGCUGUGCCACCAGCAGGAUGGGUCGGUGCCCUCACAGCAGUCGCUUCUGCCGCUACUUGCAAGUGCUGUGGCUGGAGGCAGCCAGUGCUGCUGUGGCUCCCUUCACGUGGAUUGCUGUGGCCUUACUGGGAGGCAGCUUCUACGAAUGUGCUGCCACCGGGAAUUCCAUUGUCCAGCAGCAGAUGUGCAAAGGCAAGACAGAAGAGGGAAUAAAAGAAUGCUUGGAGAUGGUGCCUAAAGUCCCUUGUGACACCUCAGCUUCUCCCUCAGAGAUGCAAAAUAUGCUCACGAGCCUUCGAGCUCAGUCUCAGGUGAUUGGGUGGAUUUUGAUCGCCAUCGUCUUCACACUGGUCCUUGCUGGUACCUGUAUUUCCCGCUGCCGUUCUCCAGUUAGUAUUCUUCAGCUUGCGUUCUGGAAAAUAUACAUGGAGAAGGAAAGCCAGCUUUUUGAGGUUAAAGCAAAGGAACAUGCAGUCAAGCUGGCAGAGAGAAAUCUCAAGUGCUUCUUUGAUUCCACAGAGCUGGAACCAUUUGAGACUCCAAGUUCUAAAGCCUGGCAUGGUGUUUCCUCUUUGUUUGCCUUCAAUCCUGAACAGCAUUACUACAGUAUGAUACAUAAAUAUGUCACUUGCAAAAGCAAAAGUGGUAGCAUCAGAUCCACUGAAGGGGAUACGUUUCCCAUGUCUCUGGGGUUUGUGGAUGCAGCUGGAGUUGCAUUAACAGAACCAACUCUCUAAGCCCUCUUCCUGUAGACAUUUUCAGUCCUCUGUGUUUUUCCCUGAUUUGGGGGAAUACCCAAGAAGCAACCAGAGGCCAUGGUUUUAUUCCACAAGGCUCCAGUGAGGGGUUAAAACACCAUGUCCCCACUGCCACCAUCCCCCUUCUUAACUGAACUCAAUGUGUACAGAAAUUACUUUCAAUGUAUUCUUGGAACCUUCUGUGUAGUCUGGUCAAAUGGCCAGCACUAGAUUCAGAAUAUAGGUUCUUCUAUAUUAAUCUCCAGACCAAAGGUCCUUAAAAGUGAAUUUAAAAGAUAAAAAAGCAAAUAAAAGCACUAAGACUAGGCCGAAUGCCAGGAAUAAAAGAAGUUGAAAAUCAAGAAAAAGGCUUUGGGACAUUAGCAAGAAAGUACACUUGUUAAAGCAAUAAACUCUACCCUACCAUGAGGGCAAAGCUUUACAUUCUCCAUUCCUUCUGCACUGAUUUGACUCUGAGCCUCCAGGUUCCUAUCUUAGAAUCAGCCACUUCUAAAUUUCCAUUCUCUUUUCUCCAUGCUCUCUGUGCUCCAUUCUCCAUUGUCUAGUCUCACUUCGUUCUAGUUUCUUACAAAGCUUACCCGUCUUUUACCUUUAGUUUCAAAUUUGCUUUUUGUUGCUUUCACUUGUAAAACGUCCAGGCAUGGGAUCUAGGGAUGGGUCCGCUUUGAUCUGACCUUUAAUCUCUUGAUGUCCCAUUCAACUCUAAAUAACUUCCUCCCCAUUGGGAUCUCCCACUUGAUUGCACAUACCAGGGUUUCCUCUCCUUUGCAUUUGAGAGUAUUUGCAUAUACUCUGUUGCCAACUUGAUUUCUUUGAAAUGCUUGCUCUUUGAACUUUUGUCUUUCCAUGAGAAUCAACAUUUAGCCAAGCCAAACCUUGAUUCAAAAACUGAAAAACUAAAUCAUUAAAUCCAUGCACAUUACUCAGUUUCUCUACAGAUGUCGAGACACAAAUCUUAUAAUUCGCGAUGUAUGGAGCCUAGGCACAAGCCAAGCCUGAAAGCAAAGCCAUUGUACUAAAACAUUCUUGACAGGUGAAAACCUGAAUAGUCCUAUUGCUCCCUCACCAAUGAUUACAAAAUUCUGGUUUUAUAGUAAUCUGGUGUCUUCAACUCUUAAUAUCACAUCCUCUUCAAGUUACCGGUAUUUGCAGUUAUGGAACACAGGUGCUCUGCUUGUUGCAACGAACCAGAAAACCAGUGGUUUGUGAUGGUUUGUGAUUUGGCUAACCAUGAACUCUCAGAAAAAUGAACUGAUUCAUAGUUCAUUUUUCCAGUUCAUGCUGGGCAGGGUUACCUGCUAUUGCUGCCUCCUGUUCCCCCGCCCUGGGUGCAUACUCAGAGGCAGUGGCGGACUUCUUUCAGGGAAGCUGGAUGCUGCCUCUGAGGAAGCACCUGCCUAUCAGCUGUGUGGUGGCUGCAUGAUCAGAACCAGCAACUGGCUUCCUCUAGUUGGCUAUAGUCUUAUUCUUUCUUUCUUAAACACCAUAUCAGUUUUUGCUAGAGCACUUUCAAACUUUGUUAGAAGAGCGACUUAGAUUUUUUCAUUUAGUUCAUGAAAUCUCAUGUACACAUUCCUAUAGCACUAUAGGCUUUAAUAGGUAACCUUUUCUGGAUAUUCAAUAUAUAACAGUAUAACACAUUUAUAUGUGCUUGCAUAUGACUAUCCAAUAAAAAGAAGAAAAGUGGAGACUUUCUUGGACAUUCGGUUUAUUUGUUUUGCAUGGAGGAAAUAAGUUAAAAGGAUAUUCAGAAGAAAGGGAAGUUAUAAGUGCCAGCUGUGAUGAACGUAGACUUCAGAUUUUUCCCUGGAGGUCUAGAAAGCUCAAUAGGACUUUUAGAGAGAAGUUCAGGUAUCAGCUUCUCUGACCUGACAACCACCUGCCUUUUUCACCUCUUCUCGGGAGCGUCCCUAGACCGAUUGCCAGGAUGGACAUCCGUACCUCACAAUUUCCUGCCGUAUCAUUGAUCAUAAAGAAACAAGUUAGCAUCUCAUCCUGUUAUGAAGCUGAUUAUCAUUAUAAUAAAGUCACAGAAAAUUUG